AUGUCUUCCAACCUACCCUUCAAACGCAAAAAACCCACACCCCAAACCUCCGCCGACCGCAAACGCGCCAAAACCUACGAUGCGCGCACCCUAGCCGCUCAGUCCGCCGACGCCGCCCUCUCCGCGUCCGGCGAGCUCGAUGUCGCCGCGUACCUGUCCGCACGCGAAUUCGAAAUCCAGGCUUUGGAACGGGGUAUUCAGCAGUCGAAAGCUGCAGGUACAAGUCGCGCGUUCCAGCAGGUACCACGGUCGCUGAGGAGGCGGACGGCUAGUCAUAAUGUGAAGAGGGUACCGCAGCGGUUGAGGGCGAGGGCUAAGCGGGAGAUGGUAGAAGACAACACCCCCACGGUAACAGCCCGCCGUCGCAAACCAACCUCCCACCUCCGUCUACGCCUCGAAACCGCCCGCCGUCUCCAAAACCUCAACCGCAAAACAAAAUCCAAACGAGCGCACUCCAAAGCUGAGAAAUCCCGCGAGACCCGUCUCCAGCUCGAAGCCUCUGGAAGCCAUGCGUACAACACCGCGCCCCGCAUCCCCAGAGUAAAGAAAUACAAGCUCUCUCGUCCCCCGCCGCCAGAGUCGAAAUACAGGAAACGUCAACGCUGCAAGACAUGGCUACCCACACAUCUAUACCAUGCGAAGCGCGCACAUAUGACAAGGUCAUGGCGCUUUGCUGUACCGCUGUCACCGACGGAGAAGAGUUAUCGACCGACGCACCGGGCGCGUGGGCAGCGGGGUGCUGUGGCGUGGGAUAUGAGUUACGUGUCUACGAUACAGAUUGAGGGGAGUGAGUCGGGCCUUGAGAGUGUGUUGAGGGGUCUUGGGGCUGAGGGGGUGGAGGUUUGGGGGGUGAAGGGGAGGAAGUGGAGGGGUGGGACGAGGGUGUUGCAAACUUGGGUAUUUGAGAGGGAGAAGAAGAGUCCUAUUGCGCCGGUUACAUUGAUACGGGCUGCAGAGGAGAAGGGGGAUGCGAAGGAGGUGGAGAUGGUUGAUGCGGAUGCGCCCAAGAGCAGCAAGAAGAAGGAUCGGAAGAAGAUCUUUAUUCGGGUUCAUCCAUCUGCUUUUUUGCAGCUGUGGAAUGAGCUUUUGGAGGUCUCUAAGAUGCAGAUCCCGCCGGUUAUGGUGGAAGAUCUGCGGUUCGAGAUUGGUAGCAUCGAGGUAACUGGACCGGGAGCUACAGAGGCCUUAAUCGCGGCUCUACAGCCUGCAGAUGGGACGCCAGCUUCUGGCAGUCCAGAAGCUACAUGGACGUCAUUACUGGGAGUUACGAAUCCAUCCUCACUACCGCAGAACGCCCUCCUUGCCUUUUCCAUCUCCGAUCCCCGCCUCCAUUUCCCCUCCCGGACUUUACGACCUCCAUCGGAUGAGACACAUAUGCAAGACCAGGCCAUGCUUCUCGCUUCAUGGCCACCAGACCAGUCUCAAAGUACCGCCAAGCUCUUCGACCGACCAUCCCGAUUGGCUGCUACACAACAACUCCCUAGUCAGAAAGCGAUCAACCGACGACGCACUUUAGCCGGACCCGGAAAUCGGCCCUUACGUCAGGAUUCUGAUCCGCACAUACCAAUUCUGGCCUUUGCGUCUCGGCCGGCGACAACAUCCAGAAAGAAGAUCAAUGAUCAUGCCGGCAAUCUGCCCGGAUCUUGGACUGUGCUGCUACCCUGGAAAUGCGUGCUUCCCAUAUGGUACUCGCUCAUGUACUAUCCGUUGUCCAGCGGCGGUAAUCCACGCUUCGGUGGACUACAGGAGCAGCAACAAUUGGCCUUCGAGGCGGGGACGCCCUGGUUUCCGGGCGAUUUCCCCGGUACACGUGCGGGGUGGGAAUGGGAACUGCACGAGCGCGAGCAGCGACAAAAGCAAUGGGAGAGCCAACCCAAGGGACGACGGGUGGAAUUCGAUCGUCUAGACUUGGGCAAUGGAUGUAGUAGAGGGGAGAUCGGUCGUGGAUGGGCAUGUGACUGGGAGCGAUUAUUAUUAGGUUUGCGGGAAGGACCGCGACAACUACACGCAGAGCACCAAAAAAAGCAACCCGCAGAAGCCCAAAAAUUAGAUGCUCCUGCAAAUGCAGACAUACAUCUUGCACAUCCUCGGGAUCUGAGCUCGCCCAUCCCCGUCCACCAAAUUCCUGCAAGCGAGGCCAAGCAAAAGCUCUCUGCUCAAUACGAGAUGGACCCCAAGAGCGGGGGUGGUGCCUUGGCGACCGUGCGGAUCUGGCUGGUGCGUCGAGGCACGCCUUCACCGCGCGCGCGGAUCUAUCGCCUGCCUGAGGGGGAGAUAGGGCGGCGCUGGCUAGACCUGGAGACCCUACAUAAGGCGUCUGCAAAGGAGAGCAAAUCCGGGCUGAGCAUGGGCAUGUCAGCAGAAGACGCGCGCCGGUCGCUAGCGACAUCACUAAUUUCUGCUCCAAGCUCGGGGUCAGGAUCCGGAUUGGGUUCAGGUUCAGGGAACGGAGAAGAAGAACUUCCGAUUCCUACGGAAGAGGAUCUGAUUGGAUUCGUCACGACGGGAGGAUAUAACCUUGCUGAAGGGCAGGGGACGGGAAUCGGGUCCAUAGCGAUUGCCCGGGUUAUUGCCAGUAGUCGUGCUAGAAAGGGGACAGUGAACAAGUGUAUUGUUCGGGGGGCGGGAGAGAGAGUGGGGAGAUUAGGAUAUUGGGAUAUGAUUUGA